AUGGCAGAGACUGCAGCCCUGCCCGCAGGCUUCGGGGAACUGGAGGUGCUGGCGGUGGGGACGGUGCUGCUGGUGGAAGCUCUCUCUGGUCUCAGCCUCAAUGGCCUGACCAUCUUCUCUUUCUGCAAGACCCCGGAGCUGCGGACUCCCAACCACCUGUUGCUGCUGAGCUUGGCCCUGGCGGACAGUGGAAUCAGCCUGAAUGCCCUCAUUGCAGCCAUAUCCAGCCUCCUCCGGCGCUGGCCCUAUGGCUCCGAGGGCUGCCAGGUUCAUGGCUUCCAAGGCUUUGUGACAGCGUUGUCCAGUAUCUGCGGCUGCGCGGCCAUCGCCUGGGGGCGCUAUCACCACUACUGCACCCGCAGCCAGCUGGCAUGGAACACAGCCAUUCCCCUGGUGAUCUUUGUGUGGCUGUCUUCUACGUUCUGGGCAGCACUACCCCUCCUGGGCUGGGGCCACUAUGACUAUGAGCCCCUGGGGACAUGCUGUACCCUGGACUACUCCAGGGGGGACAGAAACUUCAUCAGUUUCCUCUUCACCAUGGCCUUUUUCAAUUUCCUGAUACCUCUCUUCAUCACCCUCACAUCUUACCGGCUCAUGGAGCAGAAAUUCGCAAGGAGUGGCCACCUCCAGGUGAACACCACUCUGCCAGUCAAGCUGCUGCUGCUCGGCUGGGGCCCCUAUGCCCUCCUGUACAUAUACGCAGCCAUCGUGGACGUGAGCUCCAUCUCCCCCAAACUGCGGAUGGUACCUGCCCUCAUGGCCAAAAUGAUGCCCACUAUCAACGCCAUCAACUAUGCCCUGCACGGUGAGAUGUUCUGCAGAGGAAUCUGGCAGUGCCUCUCACCACAGAGGAGCAAGCAGGACCGAACCCAGUGAGCCUAUCUGAGGGGCUGCUUAGACCCAGGCCCAUUCCUGCCACCCUGGACUGAGACCCUGCCAGGAGGCUGCCCCAGAAUCCUGCCCAGCAGCCUCAGACGCCAAGUCCCAGACACUCAUUUACCAGCCCCAGUGAUCCUGUUGAGCCUGACCCUAGGCUGGACACAGGGAUGUAGAGAGACCCCAAGGUGCAUGGAAAGAGGGUCAUCAUAUCCCACCACACCAAGGCUAAUAGACCUUGGGAAAGUCACUCUCUGUCCCAUGAGUUACCUAAUCCCUAACAUAAAGAUAUAGAUAUGGACUUGCAGGGUUGUAUGAAGCUUGAACAAGAUAACCAUGUAUUCACCAUGC